AUGAAGUUUAUAGAUGAAGUCGAUAUUGAAUUAGUCAAUCAGGAAUUGAAUUUCCAAUCGCAAGAUAAUAAUUUGGUGAUAAAAGGUGGAUGUGACUUAUUUACCACCAAGCCAAUUGGGUCGGACAGAAAACUAUUCAAAACCAUAGACAAGCAUUUGGACCAGAUAAUGGAGGACAAUCAAUUAUCACAGUCGUUAGAACGUGAGCUUCAAAAUUCAAAUAACCCUUUAUUUGGAAGUAGCGCAUCGCCUACAUCCAAUGGAAAUAAUAUUAACCAGGCGAUGAUGGGGCGUCGCGGUAGUUAUAUUGAUAUAGCUGAACGGGAAAGACGUGUUAGUGGGUCGCUGAUAAAUUUCAGUAAAGGUUCGUUAUCAUCGUCGCAGAAUAUAAAUUCGAAUCUUUCAAGGUCUCUUAGUGGAUCUGUUGAAAAUAGCUCCAAUGUUGAUGAAUCGCCAUUUGGGCCCUUAAAGAAUAUCACCACGAGAAAAACAUUUGCCUAUCUAAUUGCUAUUUUAAAUAGUACUUAUCCCGAUCAUGACUUUUCAAACUUGCAACCUACGACGGAAAAUUUUCACAAAGUUGGGUCGGCUGAAGAUCUCAUUCAUAGGUUCAACAACAUUAUGGUAUCGCUUGGCAAGAAGGAGGAUUUACUAAAUUGGAUAUGGGACACCGUGAACGUCUAUAUGGAUUUUAUACCCUCAAAGUUGCCGACUCCGAAUGAGUCUAGGCACAAUAGCUUCCUACACACGACGUCGGCCUCUGCUUCGAAGCAUGGAUCAAUAUCUCCAGAUAACAAUUCUCCCCCAACAAAUCCAAAUCUUUUUGAAAAUUGUCAAAUUUACGAAUUCCAGCCUUCUGAUCAAUCAAUUUUGGAAGAUUUGAAUUACCCAUACCAAACUAUGUGGUCCUAUUACUGGUUUAUAUAUAAUAAAAAGAAGAAGAGAGUUUCCUUCAUUUAUUUGACUGCCCUUAAUAAGAUUCACUACUCAAAAGUCAAUGGCAACAGAAAUACAUCUAUAAGUAGAAAUAACGAUGCUGCUAACUCUGGUGAAACCAACGAUAAGGAUGGUGAGGAAGAGGAUGAUGCUGAUGCCGAGGAUGACAUGUACAUGGAUGAAUACAUCGAUGACGAAGCAUUGAUUGACGAUGACGACUACGAAAUGGAAAAUGAUGUUGUUGGUGACAUGGAAAUUUAA